AUGAGCUAACCCUGUCAUCUUCUGGAUUAUGCUGUCAUUAAACGACGCAGUGAAAAAUAAUGCAAUAAGCUUUAUUUUUACCUAGUGAAAUAUUUGCUUUAUUUUCGACUGUAUUCCAUGUUUCAGAGCAAUUAUCCACCGUGAUUCGUUGGCUAAAAGUGAUAGAAACCGCAUACGUAUAAACUCGUUUUAAUAUUACCCUCCCAUCAUGGGUAUUCGCAAGUGCAUCGUACCGGAUUGCCCUUCCACAUCGGCACGUCCGGAAGAUCGUGGUGUAACAUACCACAAAAUACCCUACCUGGAGGAUAUGAAACGCUUAUGGAUUGCUGCAUGCCAUCUGCCGGAUGAUUAUUUCGCCACGAAAGGGUCGAACGUGUGUAGCCGGCAUUUCCGGAAGGCCGACUUUCAGGAAUUCAAGGGUAAAAAGUAUGUGCUAAAGUUUGGUGUGGUGCCUACAAUUUUUGACUGGACCAACGCGAAACCAUCGGCUGAUGAUGCUACCGCAAAGAGUACGCCGAAAGCGUCGAAAGCCAAAGAUGAUACAGCUAAGGGACAGAAAGCGGAUAAGGUUAAGGAGGAGAUACCGCACGAAGUAGGCGACAAGGAUGAUAAUAUUGUGCUGAAAGAGGACACCAAGGUAACGGCGCUGAUGAAAAACGAACAGCAGUCACAAAAGGCUUCGACGCCUGCUAAAAGAAAAUCAUCAUCGUCGAAGCGUGCUAGCAGUGGUAAGAAGACGUCCACAACACCCGCCAAGCAAGCACGCGUUGAACCGGUUGCAUCAUCCACCAAGAAGCAAACGCCGAAGAAAGGAUCAGCGGAAUCGAAGCAAUCGGUUGCUAAUGAAACGCAACCGCCCGCUGCUGCUGCUGCUGCGGAUGAACCUGAACCGGGUGGAGCUGUACCAGAGAAAGCGAUCGAUUUCACACCGGGCACGAAGAUAGAAGCGCAAGAUUUUAGCGGCACAUGGCAUGCGGCCAAGCUGCUCGAAGUCGACACGGAGGACCGGGAGGUGCUGGUACAGUUUGACAAGACGGACAAAAUCAAAUCAACCACACAGGAGGAAUGGAUAUCGAUGGAUAGCGUUAGAUUGCGCCCGAUUUCCAACAGCAACUUUAGCGUAGGUGAAAAGGUGUUUGCUCGGUGGAGUGAUUCGCGGAAGUUUAAGGCGACAAUUAAAAGCGUCGUGGAGAACAAUAUGUACGAGGUGGUGUUUGAUGAUGGGUUUGCAAAGAUUUGCAAAUCGUCCCACAUUAGUCGCAUUAAACGAUCCGAAGAAGCAAAGGCGGAAACGGCGGAAAAGGAUCUCGAUGCUAGUGGGAUCGUAUCGGAUGUAACGAUAAAGACGGAACCCAUUGGAGCGGGCGAUCAGAGCGCGGACGCUGGUGUUAGUGCACUGUUGUCGCUCAAUCAGCUUCGUAUUGCGCAGGUGGUGAAGUUGAGCGAAUUGCCAGAAAUUCCACAAACCGGGGAAUGGUGCUGCCACUGGAUGAAUGAUUAUCCCGUAGGGGAACCAUCGGAGGUGGAUCUACCGGGUGGCCGAGUGUACACGGUGAUCGUGCCCGAUUGGCGCAUGCCGGAAGGAUGGGUAAAGCACAUCUUUCAACGUAUAACGACGUACGGCAAGAUGGACGUGCUGCUGGUUAGUUCCAGCGGGAAGGUGCUUCGGUCGAGACAGGAGGUGAAAACGUAUUUGGAAGAAAUAGGCGAAACGUACGAUUCGAACAAGUAUGACUUUGGAUUGCACAUGAAGCGUUCGAAGCAGUUGGGUUGCAUUCACUACACCCAGGAGUACAAGGACAGUUUCCUGCCCAAACCGGUGCAGGAACCGUUACUACUAAACACCGAGGUAAAUAUCGGCUCGGUGAAGGUGAAGAUCAUCGACAAUUUGUUCCAGUGUCCGGAGGAGGAUUGUUUGAAAACGUUCCGAAAGGAGAACCAUCUUCAGAUACACAUCAAACACUACCACAAAGAGUUAGCCAAGGGUUUGGGAGACAUUCCGAACAUGCAGGAUCUCGCAGCACUUCGUACGCCGAUCGAAUUGCUUGAAACGCCGAAACCGGUCAGUCGUAAAUCGCAUGCUACUUCCACGCCGAAAGCGUCCGCACCGCCGGUAGUUGUGAAGGUAGAAAAGAUGGAUGAGGAUGAAACGGUACCUGCACCGGAACCGGCUGUAGAAUGCACGGUUGUAGCAGAAAGCAAACCCACUAAGGAGGAUGCUUUAAAAUCUCCUAAAGAUGUGAAGCAAGAGAUCGAAAGUAAGCCCGUUUUGGAGAAGCUUGAGAUGAAAGUACCUUUGGACGUGGAACCAUCCGUUGCACAAGAAAUGGCUACCGAUGGAAGUGUCGUACCGUCCACGUCUACUUCCACGCCAGCCAGCACCAAACCAAAGCCACCAAGUAAAGUAACAAAAAUAAAGCUUUUCACACAGAAAAAGGCGUCUGGCGAUGUGAAAAAGGUACGCCACGGACUGGUGUCGAAAAAGAAGUCAUCCAAAUCGAAGAAAUCGAAGCGUUCGAAACCGUCGCGACGAUCGACGGCGGUGGCUGCGAACCGAUCCGCACCGGUAGUGCGUGCGACCGAUACCAGCCUGGGUUCGUACGCGUUCGGUAACUACAGUGGUGCGUUCCACAAUGAGAUGAGCGGUGGAUUUUACGACGAAUCGAUAAAUGCCAGUGUCGGUGGACCUGGCACCGGGAUGGUCGAUGAGAACGGUGAGCUCAUUAAGAUCGUACGCAUGCGAAAGGAGGAAAUUAUCAACUGUCUGUGCAAGGUGACGGAAGAGGAUGGGCUGAUGGUACAGUGUGAGAUGUGUCUUUGCUGGCAGCAUGCCAUCUGUCAGAACAUACGCAACAGUAGCGAAGUUCCGGACACGUACGUGUGCAGCAUCUGUCGCUACCCAUAUAUGGGCCGUGCCUCCAAACGCUAUGCACACGAUCAGGAUUGGCUGUACGAAGGGAAGCUUCCGGUGGCGAAGUAUCAUGCGGCCAACUCCAAGCACGUUCAGCGAUUUGAUAUACUGAAGAACUCGCACACACUGACGGGCAAUCUGCUCGAGCUGAAGCGCUUCAUGCACAGUUUGCAGAUGAAGAUAAACAUUGCGGAGAAGAAGGAUCACCCGAAAAUGUACCUGUGGUCGAAGAAAUGGGAGAAAAGUCCACCACGCGGAGACGGUAGCAGCAGUAUGGCGACGGUAGUCGAUAAGCAGCAGCAACAGCUCGUUGAUGGCGGAGAUCAGCAACAGAUGCCUCAGAUACCGGUACCGGAAGCACCGAUCGAUCCGGCCGAAUGUCAGGCCAUUCUGCUGGAUCACAUUCAGAAGCAGCAGAACGAUGCGAUGGGAAGAUUGCAAGCGAUCGAGGCACAGAUAAUAGGACUGGAAGCUUACGAUGAAAAGGCAGAACUGUUGGAAUCGCCCACUGCAAAGAACUAUCCGAAAACGAAGCAAACCAUCCACAUGCUGCUGAACGAUUUGCUGAAGAUGAAGAAGAUUGCCGAAAUUCAUUCGGAUUUGCUUAGUCUUCCGGUGCAGUGAUCACCCGGAAGAAGAUGCAUGUCUCAAUGCUUUAAUGUACACAGAAGCAGCAAAGUUUCAUAUAAACUACUUAAAAUGUAACACACUUUAUAUGAAGCAUGGUUGGAACUAAGUAACAGUAUGUAUAUCUAUAUGAGCAGAUGUACAAUUGAAUAAGGAAGUUUGCUUGUUUGAAGCUAUUUUCGUUGUUAGAUUUUAGUCAGGAAUUUAAAUUCAAUUUUAUAAUGAGUCUUUUCAAAAUGCGCUUAUAUUGUUUUGAAGUGGUCGGUUAUGCGCGAAUUCCAAACACAGCGACGAAUCAACUGUGUUUUAUUCAAAUCAUAAGUAACCAACCAUUAGGAAGGGCAGGAUAAGACCGAAUACUGUUAAAGAGCUAGGUUCAGUUGUAUUGUUUGCAACGACAUGUAAUCGAACUGAGGGAAGUAAGAAUUAUUUUUUAAUGUUUCGAAUGUAAUAUAACAAAAAUAUUCGAUAGACUAGACUCUACUCUAGCAAUACAAAUAA